AUGAUGGCCGCCCGCCGCCCUCCCCCCCCCCGGGUCGUCAUGGACCCCAUCCUCCUGACGUUCUCCGAGCCGCGGCUCGAGGCUCAGUACGAAGACUGGGCAUUCCGAUGCCGAUUCGGCCCGACGGACGGGACCUUUCUGACUUUGUCGAUUCUGGCGCGGACGAUCGCGCUGGUCUGGCCGAUUGCCAGGGGCGGAGGAUCGGCGUGGGAGGCGGCGGAGAUGGCGAGGGCGGCCUGGCCGUCGAUCGCCUGGGUCCUGUGGGCGGCGGCAGACCUAGCGGUGCGCGGGGCCGUGAGCUGGGAGACGGCCAGAGCGUGGCGCACGCCGCUGGUGAUAUCCACGAGGUUCAUGACCACCCUGGAGGCCGGCCUAGGCUGCUCGGACGCCGCCAGCUCGCUCGCACUGGCCCUCCUGGCCCCCUCCUCCCUCCUCUUCGCCACCCUCUCCUACUCCGGGCUCUGGGCCCUCCUCAUCAUGGCCCUCGCCCAGCCCCUCCACUUCCGCUACCACGUCCCCAUCCAACUCGUCGCCCUGGCCUUCGUCGUGAUCAACAGCGGCGUGCCCACAUGUUCAGCAGCCCAAUGCGUUGGCAGGUGCUCGCUGUCAAUCGACUCGUGCACCGCUUGGCACACGAUCGACGGUCUGACGUCCAUUCUGGACGGCCUUGCGCGCCGCCUGCUGGAGGUGACCUUAGGCCUGGGCUCGGUGCCUGGGGUUUUGGCAUGGAAAAUCGACCAGCCAUGCCUGCAACUCGUCCUUUUUCUGCAGUUUUUUUUCGGCUUCGUGUUGGUGUCGUACAUAGUUUGGUGGACAGAGCGGCGCUCCAGGGCGUCUUUUGUAGUUUGGCGGGGCGGGGACGAGCCGGGAUUGGCAGAAGCGGGAGAGCAGCUGCCUGCGGCAAUGGUCGCGAUGCACCUCAUGCUGCUGGCCGUGGCCUUUGGCGUGGUGUGGCGGGUGAUGCUGGUCUUCACGCCGGGGGCCAGGGCUUGGGGGGCGGCGCCCGAGGGCCUGCGGUCGCCCGGCGGGGUUGGCGUGGAAGCGGCGAGACGAAACGGCGUGCUGGUGGGAGUCUGGGGGUGGCGCGGGGCGGCGGCGGCGUGA